AUGCCAGCAUCCCCCACCCGAACCGCCACCCUCCUCUCCAACCUCACCAGCGUGCGCACCCGCAUAGCAGCAGCAGCAGCAGCAGCAGCAGCAGCAGCGUCCACCACCAGAGAAAAAAGAUCCAACCCCCCCCGCCUCGUGGCAGUCUCAAAACUCAAGCCCGCAUCCGACAUCCUCGCCCUGCACAGCAGCUCCCCCCGCAACCCGCACCCGCACACGCACUUUGGCGAAAACUACCUGCAGGAGCUGCAGGAGAAGGCGCGGGUGCUCCCGCCCAGCAUCAAAUGGCAUUUCAUCGGCGGGCUGCAGUCGAACAAAUGUGUGUCGUUGGCGCGGGACACGCGCGCGCUGUGGGCGGUGGAGAGCGUGGAUAGUGCGAGGAAAGCGGCGCUGCUGAAUAAGGGGUGGGAGGCGCGGAAGCGGGGGCUUGAUGGGAGCGGGGAGGAGAGGCUGAGGGUUUACGUGCAGGUGAAUACGUCCGGGGAGGCGAGCAAGGCUGGGGUUGCGCCGGGAGAAGAAGUGGUGGGCUUGUGUCGGUUUGUUCGCGAACACUGUCCUGCGCUGCGGCUGCAGGGGUUGAUGACCAUCGGGGCGAUUGCGCGAUCCAAGGCCACGGCGACGCCCGGGAAUGAGAAUGCGGAUUUUGUGUGCUUGCGCGAGGCGCGCGAGCGGGUCGUGCGGCGGUUGGGGUUGGAGGCGGAGGCGGAGUUGGAGUUGGAGCUGAGUAUGGGGAUGAGUGGGGAUUUCGAGGGGGCGAUUGCGUUGGGGAGUGAUCAGGUGCGUGUGGGCACGACGAUUUUUGGAGAUCGUCUGCCGAAGGAUCAGGCGAAGAUUGUUUAA